AUGGAAAACAUACAGUUACCAACGCACCCUUGUCCACCUAACGAACAUGACCCCGAUCCAUGGUGUUGUAUGGAAACCAUACAGUUAGAAACGGACCCUUGUCCACCUAACGAAGAUGAACCCGAUCCAUGGAGUUGUAUGGAAACCAUACAGUUAGCAACGGACCGUGCUGCGCCUAACGAACAGGACCGAUGGAAUUGUAUGGAAAACAUACAGUUACCAACGCACCCUUGUCGACCUCAUGACCCCGAUCCAUGGAAUUGUAUGGAAUCCAUACAGUUAGAACAAGAAGAGACUCCUUUUCUCCUUCCAUCCCCUUACCCGGGGAAUUAA